AGGCGCGUGCACACCGGGGAGCGGCCCUACACCUGCAGCGACUGCGGCAAGGGCUUCACCAAGUCCAGCAACCUGCUGGUGCACCAGCGCACCCACUCCGGCGUGCGCCCCUACACCUGUGCCCCGUGCGGCAAGGGCUUCACCACCUCCACCAGGCUCCUGAGACACCAGCGCUCCCACACCGGCGAGCGUCCCUACACCUGCACCCAGUGCGGCAAGGGCUUCACCCACUCCGGCAACCUGCUGGUGCACCAGCGCACCCACACUGGCGAGCGCCCCUACACCUGCGCCCAGUGCGGCAAGGGCUUCACCCGCUCUGACUGCCUGCUGGUGCACCAGCGCACCCACAUCCGCGUGCGCCCCUACACCUGCACCCAGUGCGGCAAGGGCUUCACCCACUCCGGCAACCUGCUGGUGCACCAGCGCACCCACACUGGCGAGCGCCCCUACACCUGCGCCAGGUGCGGCAAGGGCUUCACCCUCUCUGGCAACCUGCUGGUGCACCAGCGCACCCACACCGGCGAGCGCCCCUACACCUGUGCCCAGUGUGGCAAGGGCUUCACCCGUUCCUCCAACCUGCUGUGGCACCAGCGGAGCAGCGGAACGUGUGAACGGCAGUCACCAUCAUGGCUGAUGGAGCGGACCAGGGAGGAGAUCCAGUGGCCUCGGCAACGAGGACAGACGACGCGAGUCAUCAAACGCACGAAGAGAGGAAGCUGUGUGGCCGGUUCCACACUUCUACUCAACCUGGUGACUGAGAAAGAGCCGCAGGUCCGUAAACUGAUAUGGAAAUGCUUCGUGAAAAUGCACCACCUGCUCCCCAAACUGGAGGAGUUGCUGAAAGCAGUGGGGGAAGAAGGUUCUGAUCUGAUCGAAUCGUUCAAAGCCAUGAAGGCUUCCUCGGAACUACCUGCUCAUCUGAAAGCUUGGAUCCUGAAGGAGUUUCUGGGUAAAUUCCCUAAUCAAACAAUCUGCCGAGUGAUUGACUGGGUGAAGGAGGAGGUUAAACGCCGGGCUAGAAACACAGAGAGUGAUACUGAUAAACGGAGGCUACUGAACACGAUGCACUACCUGCUGGCGAGGAAUGAGUUCAGUGCGACCGGGAAGGAGAAACUGAGGUCGCUGCAGGAACGCAGACCCGGAGUGAGUGUGGACGUGUGA